AGGCGCGGGCACCGACGCUUCCGGGAGGUCACUUCCUCCCCCGUCUCCUAGCAACGGCUAGACGCGUUGUUGACAUCCCGGGUAGAGGUGCCGCCGGACUGAGCCCAGAGUCUCGCAGCCCGCGCGAUGGCAGAGGUGGAGGAAACCCUAAAGAGGAUACAGAGCCAUAAAGGGGUUAUUGGAACGAUGGUUGUAAAUGCAGAAGGCAUUCCGAUCCGAACAACCUUGGACAACUCAACAACCGUUCAAUAUGCAGGUCUUCUUCAUCAACUGACAGUGAAAGCCAAGAGCACAGUCCGCGAUAUUGAUCCUCAGAACGACCUAACUUUUCUUAGGAUCAGAUCAAAGAAACAUGAAAUCAUGGUAGCUCCAGAUAAGGAAUAUCUUCUGAUUGUCAUUCAGAAUCCAUGUGAAUAGCCCUGCUAUGGCCAAGUACAUCCUGUGACGCUGGGUUGAAAACACUUCAUUCUUUAAUGAUUAAUAAGAUUCUAUUCUAAUCUAACUUAUCUUUCGGUCAUUCUUUUCUGGUUGUACAUUUGAACUAUAUGUCUCAUUUAGUCCCUUUUGAAUGUGAAGUUGUGGUUUAGCUAUAUAAUAAAUUCUGGUAUGCAUGUCUCUUAUACUACA